AUGGAAGUGACUGUGGAGUUGCAUGACCAAUCCGUCUUAAACGAAGAUAUUAUCGAUGUGAAUAGAUAUCGUACUCGUGGUUUAUUACCUUUAAUUGAAAUUCCUUGUUGCUUAUCUCCUUCUUUCGGGUCGGAAGACUUCGAGGGAGCAGCUGAACCUCCUUUGGGAGUUUUCUUGGAAAGAUGGAAGUUGGCCAAAUCGAAGAAGAUUGGUUUGUUUGGCAUUGGAAUGAAAGCAGGAGGCAGAUUGGCAACAGGAAUAGUCUUCUUGUCUCUGAGCGAUUCACGAACAUUCCACGACCGCCAUUCGUUGACAGUCUCUAAAAGUGGCCGCUCGUCUAUCGUUUUAGCGACUUCAGUAUCAGUUUUGAUAUCACCAGCAGCAACGGCCAAUCGAGCAGCACGAACCGAGAUUUUCGCUGAAUCCACUUCUGAUUUGAGUUCGUUUAACGACGACUGGCUCUCAUUUGUGAUAGUCGUAGAGUCUAAGAAGGUCUUGUGGUUUGCUCUUCUUUUCGCUCUUCGUGUUUUCAAUUAUGGCCAAAUAACGAGACGCUGUUCCGUUCAUUUUCAAGAAUUCCAAAUAAGCCUUAAUCGAUUGGAGAACAGUUGUAUCAGCAUUUUCGGAAGUCUUGCGACGAAUAACAUCCGAGAUACGAUCAAUAGCUGUUUUUUACUCACUGAAUCCGGAAGAAAUGUGCAACUCCCUGGCUUGAAAUCCUCUGGCUGGGAAAUUGCUGAAGGACGGGAUGCGAUUCAGAAAGAAUUCACUUUUAAAGAUUUCAAUGAAGCAUUUGGAUUUAUGACUCGAGUCGCAAUGAAAGCUGACAAAAUGGAUCAUCACCCAGAGUGGUUCAACGUUUACAACAAGGUUAAUGUAACUCUUUCAACUCAUGACUGUGGAGGUUUGUCACAGAAUGAUGUUCAGCUGGCAAUUUUCAUGGAAUACGUUGUCAAUAAUUGA